AUGCCGCGGUUACUCAACUUUUCAGUACCGCCGACGACGCGUCUUGCCGUCGGUGGAGUGUUCGUGUUCUCCUUUCUCCAUGCGUUUCUGCGAUAUCGGUCGUACGACCCGUCGGCAGAAGAGUCACGGACGGAGCCUUCUAUACUGGUCGUGGUGCCUGCUCUGAGUUACUUCUUUCCAUGGGCAUUCUUGACGGCGACGUUCGUGGAGUCGAAUAUCAUCACUCUUUUGCUAACGGCAAUUGUGUUACUGAAUGGUGGAAGAUACCUUGAGCGUGCAUGGUCGUCCCGGGAACUCGCCAAAUUCCUCGCAAUCGUGUCUGUGAUGCCCAAUAUCGUGGCAUUCUUUUUUUGUGUAUUCACCUACGCAAUCACCGGGUACUCGAAUCUCAUCUAUGCUGCUAUCAGAGGAUCUACUUCAAUCCAAUCUGCAUUUCUUGUAUGCUUCGUCCAGCUGGUCCCGGAACACUCCAUCAACCUCUUCAAGGGCACCCUCCACCUUCGUGUCAAGCGUCUGCCCGCAAUCUACCUUCUCGUCAUCACCAUCCUCGCGCCUUUCUACAACUUCUUGGCCGUGGUUCAGGCAUGGACCGGAUUCCUUGCCGCAUGGACGUACUUGAGGUUUUACAAGACGAACGUGAUCGACCUGACAACAGGCACGGGAAUGAAGGGGGAUGCAUCCGAGACGUUUGCUCUUGCUUACUUCUUCCCUGAGCCUAUUCAAAGCAUCGUGGCGGCUAUUUCCAUCCCCAUAUUCAACUUCUUCUGCGCAAUCAAGGUGGUUGCGCCGUUCUCGGCAGCUGAGGUGGAGAGACAGACGCAGCAGAGAAGUGCGAUGCACGGAAGAGCUGCACCAGGAGGUGCUAGGGCUGAGGCCGAGAGGAGAAGGGCACUGGCACUGAAGGCCUUGGACAUGCGACUCGCAUCAAGCAAUCGUUCCGCACAAUCACCGCCAGCACAGGACAGCAUCGUUAUUCCAGCAGCAGUGGACUCUGAACCUUCGCCAGCUACGAAGGCGUCUGACUGA